CGAUCGCUCGCCCUCUCUUCCCGUCGCUUCCGUGGGUUCCAUCUUAGGGUUUUGUUGUUCCGCUCUCUGUAGCCUCGUCGACUUUCUCGUCGGUCGAUCUUGUUCUCCGAUUUGGUAGCAUCAAGAUUUAAUCUUUGGUGCGAUUUCGCAUUCUCGGACAGGGUUCUUAUUUUUAGGUGUCAAGUGUUUAAGGAUGGAUUUGGAGGUGGGCGAGAUAGGAGUGGAGAGGGAUGAGGACGCUGGAGCAACAUCCAGAGAUGAUGCAGAUGAAUUGGGUGAUGAUAUGGCAAUCGACGAUGUUGCAAAGGAGACGUCCAGAGAGUCAGGAAAGCACAGAAGCAAGGACAGAAGUAAGGGAAAGCGAGAAGACAAGGAUCAUGGGUCUAGGGGGAGAGAAAGGUCCAAAGACAAAGAGAAUGAGGAGCACGCAGAGAGAGAUUUUGAUAGGUAUGACUUGAAGGAUAAUCGGAAUAGAUCAGAGAGUGGCAAGGACAGAAGGAAAGAAGAAGGACUGGAGCAUGGGAAAGACAGAGAGCAUGUCAAGGACCGAGAUCGGGACAAAGAGAGGAGCAGGGAUAGGCUUCGUCAGGAGGAACAUGACCGAGAUAAGUACAGGGAUAAGGAUAGAGGAAGGGAGCACGAUAGGGUGAGGGAGCGAAGUAAUGAUCAGGAGUAUGACAGAAGUAGUGAUCAUGGAAUAAGUAGAGUGAAAGAACGAGGCAAGGAUAGUGAGAUUGAGAAGGAUAGGGAUUUGGCCCGAAAACAUGAUCGGGGAAAGGAGCGGGAUCGUGACAGGAGUAAGAUCCGUGAGAGGGAUCAUGAGAAAGAUGUGCAGAGAGAAUCAGAAAGAGAAAGAAGAAAGGAGAAAGAUCAUGAGAAGGGAACUGACAAGAAUAGGGAAAGAGAGAAGGACCGCGACAUGGUGAAGGACAGGGAGAGGGAAAGGGAGAAAACUAAAGAUCGAGAAAAAGAGAAGGAGAAAGAAAAGGAUAGAGUGAGGGAUAAGGAACGGGAGAAGACUAAGGAGAAUUUUAGGCAGAAGGAAAUUGAUAGAAGCUUGGAAGCUGAUCGAGAUAGAUCAAGAACAAGGGACAGAGAGAAGGGGCCAGCUGGAGCUAAAGAAAGCGAAAAGGAUGAGAGAACACUAUCUGAUUUCGAGGAUGGUAGACUUGAUUCAAGGGAAGAAGAAGCACGAGAUGGCAGUGACAGUCAUGAAAAAUCUACUUUGAAGAAUCAGCAGAGUGAAAAACAUACUGACUCUCUAUUGGCCUCAGAGCUUGAGGAGCGGUUAGCAAGGACAAAAGAAGAAAGAAUGAAGAAAAAAUCUGAUGGUGCUUUUGAGAUAUCAUCAUGGGUUAAUAAGAGUAGGAGGCUUGAGGAGAGAAAAAAUGCUGAAAAGGAAGCUUUGCGUCUUUCAAAAGCUUUUGAGGAGCAGGAUAAUAUGCUAGCAGAUGGUGACGAUGAAACAGUUGGACACACACAGAAGGAUCUAGCAGGAGUUAAAAUUCUUCAUGGACUUGAUAAAGUAAUUGAGGGUGGGGCAGUUGUUCUGACCCUCAAAGAUCAAGAUAUUCUUAAGGAUGGUGAUAUCAAUGAGGAGAUUGAUAUGCUUGAAAAUGUGGAGAUUGGGGAGCAGAAACAGAGAGAUGAGGCCUACAAGGCUGCUAAAAAGAGAACUGGAUUAUAUGACGAUAAGUUUAAUGAUGAAACGGGAUCUCAGAAGACAAUUCUUCCGCAAUAUGAUGAUCCUGUUGAAGAUGAGGGAGUAGCAUUGGAUGAAAGUGGGCAUUUUACUGGUGAAGCAGAGAAGAAACUUGAAGAGCUGCGCAGAAGGAUUGAGGGUAGUUUUGUACCAAAAAGUUAUGAAGAUCUGACUUCUUCAGCAAAAAACUCAUCAGAUUAUUACACUGCUGAGGAAAUGCUUCGGUUCAAGAAGCCAAAGAAAAAGAAAUCUUUGAGAAAGAAAGAAAAGUUGGAUCUGGAUGCCAUGGAAGCAGAGGCCAGAUCUGCUGGAUUAGGAGCUAGUGAUCUUGGUUCCAGGAAUGACAUGAGAAGGCAGAUUGAAAGAGAAGAACAGGAGAAAAUUGAGGCUGAAAGGAGAAGCAAAGCAUACCAAACAGCAUAUGAAAAAGCAGAAGAGGCAUCUAAAGUUAUGCUUCAGGAGCAAACUUUAAGAUUGAAGUCUUUUGAGGACGAUGAUAUCGUUUUCGGUGAAGAUUAUGAAGAUCUACAGAUGUCCCUUGAGCAGGCAAGAAAACUUGCUCUUAGAAAACAUGAUGAAGCAGGUGCUACUGGUCCUCAGGCAGUUGCUCUUUUAGCCACAUCUAUUAAAGAACAAGAAAAUUCUCAGAGCCAGUCUACAGGAGAGCUACAAGAAGAAAAAGUUGUCAUUACAGAAGUUGAGGAGUUUGUACUAGGUCUUCAACUUAAUGAAGGUGCCCAAAAACCUGAAUCAGAAGAUGUUUUUAUGGAUGAAGAGGAUUCUCCUAAAUCCCUUGAACCAGAAAUAAAAGUUGAUGUCACUGGAUGGACAGAGGUGGAAGAAACCAGUAAAUCUGAAGAUCCCAUCAGUGAGAAAAAGGAUGAUGUUUCUCCAGAUGAGAUCAUCCACGAGGUUGCUGUAGGAAAAGGAUUAUCAGGUGCACUUAAGUUACUUAAGGAACGUGGUGCACUUAAGGAGACAGUAGAUUGGGGUGGCAGAACUAUGGACAAAAAGAAAAGCAAACUUGUUGGUCUUUAUGAUGAUGGAGGGACAAAAGAAAUACGAAUUGAGAGGACUGAUGAGUUUGGUCGCAUUAUGACACCCAAGGAGGCAUUUCGGAUGCUGUCACAUAAAUUUCAUGGUAAAGGACCAGGAAAAAUGAAGCAGGAGAAGCGGAUGAAGCAAUAUCAGGAGGAUUUGAAGACAAAGCAAAUGAAAGCUUCUGACACCCCAUUGCUAGCAGUGGAAAAAAUGAGGGAAGCUCAAGCUCAACUUAAGACGCCUUAUCUGGUGCUAAGUGGGCAUGUUAAACCAGGGCAAACUAGUGAUCCCAGAAGUGGUUUCGCUACUGUUGAGAAAGAUCAUUUGGGAAGCCUGACACCCAUGCUUGGGGACAAAAAGGUUGAACAUUUUCUGGGAAUUAAACGGAAACCUGAAAUAGGCAGCAUGGGUCCACCUCUGCCAAAAAAACCUAAGAGUUGAAGCUUCUGGAGUCAGCCCACACUUCUCAAGUUGUCAAUAACUGAAAUUUUGAAGGAGUUUCAUGCAACAUCUUUUAUUACACUGGCCUGGUAAUAAGGCCACAUUGCCAAUGCUCACUCAAAAGUUUCAUCCCAACUGAUGUACGAAGAACUUCUAUUCAAGUAGUUGGAUGACUGAUGCUCGAGAGGGUUUUCUCUUGGGUCAGGAUUAGAUUCCCCCAGUAAAGCGCAUUGUGCACGUCUCACUUCUACAUGUUUCUACAUCCAUCUUGGAGUGCAUUUAUAUAUAUGGAAGGGGACCUUUUACCUAAAAAAAAACUGAUGUGUGAGAAUGUACAUUUUACCUUUUUCAUUUCUAAGCAAUGGUGGAGGAGAAUUCUGUUCCCCGAAUUUGCAUUUAGAAUCUGUUUUUUCCCAGUAAAAUUGGAAGUUGCUAGUGAUGCAAUUCACGAUGAAGUCGGUCAUCCUUUUGGCAGAUCAUUUUUCACU